UUUCCUCCGAUUCCUAUCCGGAAGAAUCACCCAUCUUCAAGUUUCAGAAAUUCCUUUAUCCUCAGUCCAGUCGGUCUACAUAUUUCCAGUCGACUCAAUAUGUGUACGCGAUCAUCUCUCUUAUACUUGGCCGCUGGAUUUGCCCCUGCGCUUCUUUUUACAGAGAGGCCUUUUACCUGGGAUUUGGUAUUCUGCCUGCUGAUAGGAUGACUUGACUGAACUGUCCCGGGUCGCCCCGAAGCGCUGUCCGAACCAAAAUAAUAUCUGAAUUCCUCCCGCUUCUCAGCAGAUGCUCUUCUGCGCUCCGAGUGCAUUGGAGGCGUCUCUGCAAGUAAAGCUCUAUACAGUGUUUCUACUGACUCCCCAUGAGGCUCUGAAUGGAAGCAGCCAGACCUUUCAAGCUCGAAGCCCGAACCUCCAAGUUGCUGAAUGUGGGCGUCCUGCAAACAUGCGACCGACAAUCACUACCGAGUACUCCUAUCCCUCAGCCUCCGCUGAAUAGAGGAAUGCGCUAUAGGCAGGCACUUCCCAGGACAAUAAGUCAAUCGUCUUACCCCCGAUUCAUCUCAGUGUACAUGUCCGAUCAUCGCUCUCGCACAUCUGACACAUGUUCGCGAGACCCAGGAGGACAUAUUCCUCCGCAGUGGAGGUCUUGUACACCUCUGGUCCGAACGGACCUCUCCUCCCCAAUGGUUUCUGGAGUAGAUCGACUUGUGUUCAGGCUCAUGCCCUGGCAAGCGGUUUAAUGACGAAGGUCCCGAGUCCUCGAUGGUGGUUCGCAAGGGGGGAGACGCUAUCAGGUUAUAUAUUUUCUACGGCCUGAUCGUCUUCUAUUAAUACAAUCCAUCCACACUGGG